UGCUGCGCAAUGUGAUGCUGGAGGAUAUGUAUUGCUCUGUGGUAAGUACUGAUGAAGUUUUGAUAAGAAAUUUUUGUGGAUUAGGUUUUGAUUUUUCGUGAUGUAAUUCCCAUCAAAUUUCUUAUCAGAAGUUCAUCAUUAACAAUUUAUAUGGAGAACACGUGGGAGUUCGUUUAAUGGUAGUGGGUACGGUUAAUGACAGUGAAUGUGGUAUUCUUCUUGUUCUCUUCUAAACUAUCCAACUUUACGACAAAGUGAUGUUUUAUAUGUCUAUGGACCCGACCAUGACUGUUUAUUGGUGCAUUUUACACUCAUCUGACUCGAUAUAUGCUACUAAAAUUUAACAAAGUAAUAAAUUAACUAAAACAUGCGAUAAAAAUGAACGAAUCAAAACAAUUUCAGGUAAACAUGCACUGACUAAGACGACUAUACCUAAAACUGCAUAUGCGACGUCGCUACUUGACUACUGACUAUAUCCGCGGCUGAAAAUAUACCUAAGGACUUGCCUUUUAAAUCCGACACCUCGUAAGAACUGAUGCCAAGUUUCCGCAUAAUGACACAGGGUGUGUACUGCGGUCCCAGUUUAGCAUUGAACUGGUCUCCUGCUGACGACUGACGAAAACUCCGUUUAAACACUCGUUGACGUAUAAAUCGUUCAUGUAUACGCACAGCAAUUCGAAAAUCACGCGUAUUUUGAAGGAAAAAUAUUUAAAAAAUCUGAGGGCACCUUUCUAAUUUUAUCAAAGCAAGUUAUUGAAGAGGGAUCAAUUUCCCCCAAAUAUUUUAAAAGUCGACUUUUGACAGCACUCCGAAAAAUCGAUUGUGUAUUAAAAACAACAAUAAUUCAAGGACUGUCAUACAUCAGUAAAGAUAAAUACUAUAUUUCUUAGAGAGUCUGUGUGGAAAUCGCGUAUGUUUAUUUAUUUUUGGCUGUGAUACAUCGAAAAUCAGAAAAGGGGAUCAAGUCUACCCAGUCUCCCCUAUGGAUACUUCUACCCCGGGGCAACGAUUUCGUAUCCAUUCAUGACGAUUGAAAUGUGAAGGAUAGGUAUUUUGAGACGACUGUUUCACCGAAAUUCAUUCUCCUACUCACUUCAUAAUCAUGACGAAAUUAAUUGAAUGGUAUCUAUGUUUUUAGAUCCGCGGCUGAAAAUAUACCUAAGGACUUGCCUUUUAAAUCCGACACCUCGUAAGAACUGAUGCCAAGUUUCCGCAUAAUGACACAGUGUGUGGACUGCGGUCCCAGUUUAGCAUUGAACUGGUCUUCUGCUGACGACUGACGAAAACUCCGUUUAAACACUCGUUGACCCACAACGAAGGUUGGUGAGUAACGCUUAUGUCGGAGAUCGUACCGUUUCUUAUUCUCUUCAUGUGAUUUUUGUAAAUGUUCUCUCAAUAUUUCUCCUACUUUUUUACAUACUCCUCUAAGUUUUUGUACUCUUUGCUCUUCCGAUUGUUCUAUACACCGAGGAAAAUUUCCGUUUACCUAUUAUGUGUGAAACCACAUAGAUUUUUGCAAUUAGCCUUUAUAAAUAAAUAAUAUGUUUGGGAACAUAAACAAUAUUGGAUCUCGGUCAAAUAACCCCUAAGUUUAAAAUUGCAUGAAGUUUAUUAGCCUUGCUAAAUAAAAUUUAUGUGUGGUGUUUAUGAAAUUUAUUUGCGGAUGUCCAAAUGAAAUUCAUUUUUAAAGAUUAUAAAAUUCAUUCAAAGGUUUUUUUUUUUUUUUUUUUUUUUUUUUUGUGUCUUUAUUAAGGAGACUUUCAGCCCGAGGCUGGCUCGUCUCCGGCGAGAAAAAGAGAGUAUAAUACAUAGUGUUUUACAUAAAAAUUUGAUAACCUAGGAUCGAUUUCGGCCCGGAAGGGUGCCGUGGCAAAAAAUAAUGUUGGUCCUGAUCAUAACUCGUUAGCUCUUGGCGCGACAAGUCGCAUUUUGAAGCGCUCUUGCUACUGAGUCCAGUUUUAAUUUGUUCGGUGUUAAGUUUUUAAAACGUCGGUUAUUCGUCCCCGUAUCGUUUUACUUGUGUCGUUCAAAUCUUUCCGUUACCGUUACGUGUCCGUGAAGAAUCGUGGGUGGUUCCCCGGCCUAACUGGUCGGAUUGUCCCUGCCUUUUAGGCAGAGUGAAAGGAAGUGCAGGACAGAACGUUUAAUUAGCGAAAGUAUAAAGUGACCGUUUGAAGCCUCCGGAGGCUCUAGCCCCCUGCCGAACUGGGUCGGAGGGGGCACAGAAGUGCAGGAAGAACUGGCCACAGACAUUGCUAGCCAAAGUGACCGUUAUCAGUGGAAUUAAGCUUGACCAGCGUCAGGGCAUUGUAAGAAUCAAGCCAACAAAAAAGGACGCUUAGGGCGCGUCGGUGCAGUGACCUCGGUGACCUGGCUUGACCCCACGUACUCAAGUGCAAGUGACCGGUAUACUCACCCAUACUCACCUUCCCACGGUGGGGCGGGUGCCCUGUGAAAAAAUCCUCAGUGGAUGAGUGUGCGAAGAGAAGAACCGAAAAAGAGCAACAAGAGCGAACCGUGCGAAAGUGGACAUUAAGCGAAGAGAAAGGAGCCCCGGCGUGAUUGCCGCCGGGCAGUAAAAAAGGCUCCGUGAUAUUUGUGAUCGAGUCGGACGAUAGCAAACACUGUUAAGUGAGCGGAAUAUCCGCACAAAACGGAGAUUGAAAAACCGGUCCCCUGAGAUCGGUAGUUAAGUUCUCGCGGCCUCCUCUCUUGGAGAGUCGCUUCUUUUAGCGUCACUCGGAGAGCGCUACUCGAGAGGGUCGCUCUUCGUACUCCCAUCGCUGCCAACGUGAGUACUCCCAUUAUCUGCUAGCCUCCCAUAUCAGUGUUUCCCUCUCGACCCCGGCUUUUCUAUCGCGGCCGCUGUCGUUCAUUCAGCAGUCGGUCUGACUAAAUCCCUCUUUGUCGGCCCGUUCUCGGGACCGUGAUGGCAUCCAGUUCUGGGGGGGGAACCCCCUGGCACAAUGAUCCAGGCCCCUCAUCGAGUAACAGCAACCAGUUCAAUCCGUUGGAUACGAGCACAGCUCCGACCUCUCGCUACAUCGAUGGCUCAUUUGCCGGACCAACACUGCCCGCCUACAUGGACCCGCUUCAGAAGCACGGAGAGCUACACCUUCUUCGAAUGAGCGGCAAGGAUGAUCUCCCUUUGCCGAAUGUCCCGUUCCUCAUCAGGAAGUCCGUUGAAUCACAAGCUGGAAAAAUAGAAGGAGCAUUUAAAGAAGCUGGCGGGAAAUACUACGCGCUUAAAGUAAGAAGCCUGACGCAAAUGAAUCGCCUGUUGGCAAUGAACAAAUUAGCCGAUGAGACACCUGUGGUGGUCACUGAGCACCCCACUCUUAAUACUACUCGUUGUGUAGUCACGUGCAGGGAUGUCAUUGACAUGUCGGAGGAAGAAUUGAAGAUGGAACUUGGCUCCCAAGGGGUAAAAGAAGUCCGCCGUAUCACAAGAAGAAACGGAGAUACAAGAGAAAAUACUCCAUCGAUUAUUUUGUCAUGUCGGGGAACACAAGCCCCCGAAUUCGUCGAUUUUGGGUACAUCCGGUGCAGGACUAGGCCGUACUACCCUAGUCCGAUGCAAUGCUUUAAUUGCUGGGCGUUCGGGCACACCAAAACCCGAUGCCAGCAAAAAGAAACCACAUGUGGCAAGUGUUCCGGGACACAUCCAGUGGCUGAGGACCGCUCGUGCGCACUGGACAGCUUUUGCAAGGUCUGUGGCACAAACGAGCACAGCUUGUCCAGCCGAAAAUGCCCGCUUUAUCAAAAAGAGAACACAAUACAAAAAAUCAAAGUGGAUCAAAACGUCGCAUACCCGGCGGCGAGAAGACUUUUCGAAGCCAAUAACGGACCCCGCUCAUUCGCCAGAGUGCUUGGCGAUGAAAAUAGCGCUGCCAUCGCCCAGCUAAAUAAAAAGAUGGAAGAACUGGAACAAACCGUCACGCGGAAAGACGAAGAAAUAGCAAGCUUAAAAGCCGCCCUACUAUCACGCCCACAGCCUGCCGCUGUCGGCGAUAACACAGAGAUUACGGACCUGAAAGCUAUUAUUGCAAAACAGUCGUUACAAAUUGACGCGCUUACGACGCAAUUAAAUAGUUUUCUUCGUGCUGUCAUGCCAGCUAGCUCCGUCACAAUUACGCCACUAUCAGAGAAAUCCACGCCAACCACCAUAAUCCUCGAAUCGACGAAGAAAGCCGUGGCCGACCCCAAUCAGCCGGCCCUCGAUCCCUUUAAGGGAGUCUUCACAGACUCCGAUAACUCCCCUGAUGAUCCAGAGCUCACCCCCAGACCCUCGAGAGUCUCUGACACAAUCGCCUCCGUAAAACCAACGGAACUUUUCCCAAAAGACAGUACGCCGAAACCGGGACCGAAAAGUCAACGGACCAGUGUUCCACUACCAGCCACACCAUCGAAACGAUCCCUCUCGAGCGUCUCCCCUGCCGAGCCAGGAAACUCGCAUCAGCAGAAAAAGACGAAGCAAAAAUCCAACCGUUAA